UAUUUCGGUUUUCGGUUUGGUUUCGGUUUGAGGAAAUGGAAAACCGAAAAAAACCGAAAACCGAAAUUUAGGCCCAGAUUUACCCUAAGUAUAUAAGGAAAAAAAAAACCCUAACCCUCAUUCUCUGAUUCUCUCUCCUGACUUCCUCAGUUCCUCGCCUCUUACCCUACCCUCAUUGCGAAUUUCUCAGUCUCUCACCCUCACUUUCUCAGUUUCUCAAUCAUCUCUUUUGUGUUUCUCAGAAUUCUCACUCUCCAUCGUUCACCGGCACUCGUUCAGGCGUUCACUGUGACACCGUCCACCGUCCAAAGAUUGUUAUUCAACCACGAAUUAUUGAAUGACAACCAACGUGGGUGGUGUUCCUGACCAGCCUCAAUCCGAACAUGAGACUGACCAAGUCUCUCAAAAUCAGAAAAAAGAACAGGGAGCAAAAAGGAAGAGGAUGAAAGAACGCUCUGAAGUUUGGGAGCACUUUGAUAAAGAAGACUUACCUUCUGGAAUGCAGACAAUUGGCAAGUAUUGUGGGAUGAGCUACAAGUGUGGGGCAAAGAAAAACGGCACUAGUGUGUUAUGGGCUCAUAUUUCGCGAUGUCGUAAGUAUCCCUUUAACACCCCUAAAGAUUCAAAACAAAGUUUGCUUUCAUUUAAAAGUGCUAAAGAACCGAGUGGUGGUACUAGUGGGUUGACAUACCACAAAUUUGAUGCUGGUAGUAUUAGAAAAGCUUUGUCAUUUAUGGUGAUUGUUGAUGAACUUCCAUUUAAGUUUGUUGAAGGUAUAGGUUUUAGACAUUUUGUGGUGUAAUAGAGCCUAGAUUUAA